AUGGCCACAAGAAGGUAUUUGAUCAUUGCUGCUAUCUGCGGGCUCCUUGCCAGCGUGCUGCCCAAGCCUUCGGAGACGAAGAGUGGUAAGCUGACAAGCGAGACGGACGCAGAGCGCACCCUGCUGGCCCAGGGAGAGGCUCAGACAGACUGGGCUACUCAGCUGAGGGACGCGAUGGACCCGGCGAGCAUCGAGGAAUUCCUCAGAUUCACAAAAUGUACUCACAAAAAUGUGCUGUACUCUUCUGUGGAUAGUGGGAUUCUGUCGGUCCAGGUCUGUCUGGUUCCUCCUCGGUGCCUAACACUCAUAUUUCCCAUCCAUUGUCUGGCUUGCAUCUUCGGCAGGUCUGGGAAUGAAAUCUUCAGGUCUUCUGCGGGUGAGCCACAGCUUGAUGUAGACCCACCAUUCAACAUGUCUGGUGUGGUGCCGCCUUUUGGAGCUUACUCGCCUUCAGGGGUUGUGGAGGGAAACCUUGUGUACGUAAACUAUGGACGGUCGAGCGACUUCAGCAAGCUGGAAGACGAGAAUAUUUCUCUUGAGGGGAAGAUUGCCAUUGUCCGGUACGGACGGACUGCUCGCUCACUGAAGUUGCGUCGUGCCCAAGAUGCCGGCGCUAUUGGUAUGAUCGUGUACGGAGAUCCCAAGGAAGUGGUUGGGACCGGGAGUGGGAAAACUAAAAAGUAUCCGGACGGUUGGUACGCACCUGGUACAGCGGUUCAGAGGGGACAUUUCCUGUACGGUAAAGGGGAGGGGGAGCCACUCACACCAGGAUAUCCUGCUACAGACUAUGCCUACAGAAUUGACCAGAGUGAGAGUGACCAGCUGCCCACCAUCCCGGUCCACCCCAUAGGUUACGACGAUGCUGAGCAGCUCCUCAGUCACAUGGGUGGAGACCUUGUUCCAUCCUACUGGAAAGGCCUGUUGGACACAGAUUACCGAUUUGGACCAGAUAUGGUGAAUGGAGCAAGUAAAGUUCGCCUGGAUGUGAAUGUUCAAACCGAGGUGAGGACCGUUCACAACGUGGUGGGAAUAAUUCGGGGGAAGGAAGAACCAGACCGGUAUGUGAUUCUUGGUAACCACCGGGAUGCCUGGACCCUUGGCGCAGUGGACCCCAACAGUGGCACCGCCUGUCUGCUUGAGAUCACACGCGCCUUGGGAGAAAUGAUGGCAACAGGGUGGCGCCCCAGACGCACCUUGAUGUUCGUCAGCUGGGAUGCUGAGGAGCAUGGGAUGCAUGGGUCAUAUGAGUGGAUCGAAGAAUUUGGCAAGAUCAUGUCAGAUCGAGCUGUGGCCUACCUGAACAUAGACAAUGCAGUUCGAGAGGACUACACUCUUCGUGCCAGGGCCACACCCUCCCUCAAGCCUGUACUGAAGGAGGCUGCUAAGAUGGUCCCAUGGCCAGUCAACACACAGGACGGAGACACCCUGUAUGAAGUGUGGAGUAAGCGCAGCCCUGAAACCAGUGCCCCUGACUCGCCUCCCGAAAUUGAUCUCCCUGCUGGUGCCAGUGACUAUGUGCCCUUUGUGAGGAGGAUCGGUGUCCCUAUCCUCGACCUUGCACUGGUUCAUCGGUACACUUAUACCUACCCGAACUUCCCGCUCUACCACACGGCCUACGAGACGUUCCACCUCCAGAAGACCUACAUCGACCCAGAGUUCAAGUUCCACCGCCUCAUGUCUCAGCUGUGGGGGGAGCUGGCCUUCUCCCUGGCCGAGUCCUGGUUUCUGCCCAUCAGCGCCUCGGAGUACGCAGGCACCGUCCAGGGGAUGUAUGACUGGCUGGUGGACGAGGACGGAACCAAGUUUGAAGAGUCUGCCAUCUCACUAGAUGCGCUGCAGUCAGCAGUGACCAACUUUACCCAGGCAGCAGCAGCAUUUGAAGAUGAACUGGCUUCUCUGGAAACCAAUACAGACCCACUGGUUGCCCGAAUGGUCAACGACCAGUUGAUGCAGAUGGAGCGAGCUUUCAUAGACCCUCAGGGCAUCCUGUACAGGAAAUUCAACAGGCACACCGUCCUGUCCAGUGGUCUGUGGGACACCGAGACCUUCCCUGCCCUGGGUGAUGCUGUGAGCAGGAUGGGCAGUGGUGACUGGCUCGAUCCUGGAAAGGAAGACAAGCUCAAGGAGCUCAAGCAAGAGCUGUCAAUCAUCACGUUCUUCAUCCAAUCAGCUGCCAACAGUCUGGCUAAACCUGCCACAACUAGGUUUUAAAGUGAGAAAUUGAUGAAGUGCUAAAAUGGAAUUCUGACAACUUCAUCACAUCCAAUAUAAUGUAAUUUGGAGAAGACUAUCAAAAUUAAAAUAGGUUGCAAUAAAAUCACAACCUGUUCAUUACAUUACCUAUUCAUCUAUUAUUACUUACAAUCUAUUAUUAGUUAUACAUGGCUGCCAUUCAUUCAAUUAUCAAUUACUCAUUUAUUACAUUUACAUGUUAAAAUGGAAUUCUGACCUCAUCACAGUAUUUGGAGAAGACUAUCAAUUAAAAUAGGUGGCAGUACAACCCUGUUAGAACUUGCUCUGAAGAUCUGUUUGUGUAUAGUGGCACAAAAACCAAACUGUUACCGCUACUGUUCCAAGAAUUACAUAUUCCUUGUUAGUGGGGGUAAAGGUUUAGAGUUGGGUAUGAGUCAUUGACUUUAACAGUAGGUUGACACACAUUUUCAAGUCAUGAUAUGCUGAGACAUAAUCUGCAUUAUAUUACAUUUUGGUGGCUAUAAGAAUUACAUAUUCCUUGUUAGUGGGGGUAAAGGUUUAGAGCUGGGUGUAAGUAAUUGACUAUAACAGUAGGUUGACACACAUUUUCAAGUCAUGAUAUGCUGAGACAUAAUCUGCAUUAUAUUACAUUUUUGGCGGCUAUAAGAAUUACAUAUUCCUUGUUAGUGGGGGUAAAGGUUUAGAGCUGGGUGUAAGUAAUUGACUAUAACAGUAGGUUGACACACAUUUUCAAGUCAUGAUAUAAUGAGACAUAAUCUGCAUUAUAUUACAUUUUGGCGGCUAUAAGAAUUACAUAUUCCUUGUUAGUGGGGGUAAAGGUUUAGAGCUGGGUAUGAGUCAUUGACUUUAACAGUAGGUUGACACACAUUUUCAAGUCAUGAUAUGCUGAGACAUAAUCUGCAUUAUAUUAUAUUUUGGUGGCUAUAAGAAUUACA